GUGGUGGGGUCAAGCAGAGCGUCAGCCGGAAUAGCAAUAUACGGAGCAGCAGCUCGAACAGCACCAUGGCCUCGGCGAAUCACCGGGGUGGCGGCGGCGGGCGAGGUGGCGGUGGCGCCGUCGCCGGUGCCGGUGCCGAUGGCAAUGCGAUCGUUGGCCUCCAAAUCGGUUCCGCCUGGUUUCAGCGCAAGAUCAACCUGAGGCCGCAGCACCGCGGCGUCCAUCUGGUCACCGAGGAGAUACUCCGCCAGAUGCCGGAGCUGGCGCACUUCUCAGUGGGAUUAUGUCACAUGCAGAUUCUUCACACCUCGGCGAGUUUAGCGUUAAACGAAAGCUGGGAUCCAGACGUCAGAGACGACAUGGAGAUGAUGUUGAAUAAAAUAGUUCCCGAAGGCUUGCCCUACAGGCACUCGUGCGAAGGUCCCGACGAUAUGCCUGCGCACGUGAAGGCCUGCUUCUUGGGCAGCUCCCUGACAAUCCCGAUCACAGACGGCAAGCUAUCGCUGGGCACGUGGCAGGGCGUGUGGCUGUGCGAGCACCGCGACCAGGCCGGCUCCCGGAAGCUGGUGAUCACACUGACGGGCUGUCCCCGCGAACAGGCCCGCAGUCCGCUGUCCCCCGUCUCGCCGAUCGCCAGCACGUCCAGUUAGGGGCGGCCUCGCUCCACCCGCGACAGCCGGUAAUCGCGGGGGAGCGACAAUAAUGCCAUCAUUUCGUCGAGGCGGCUGAUAUUGCAAAAGAACUUGGCUAGAGCGACGGCUCAGCAGCGGGCGGCGGCAGUGAUUGCGGCCGGACGGGGCCUGGAGGCGACAUAUUCAGCGGCGGUGCCGCCGAAUAUACCAGGUGUUGAGACAAAGACCGGACGCCUGUUGCUGCGCCAGCAGCUGCAUCUCAAUCUCAAUUUGAAUGUGCAGGAGACGCUGCGCGAUGGCGUUGAUAUCGAUGAUGUGGACGAGGAUGUCGGCGAGGAUGAUGAUGAGGAUGACAACAACCUAGAAACCGUCACAACAGUGCCUCAAACCAAUGAACAACUUAACGCUAAGGUCAACGUAACCACAACAACAACAACAACAACAGCAUCCAGUUCAUCAUCAGCAGCAGCAGCUGGAGCAACCAGCGCAUUAGCCAAGUUCAAUCGCAUCAUAGACUCCACGCUGGAGAGGCCAGCAGCUGCAUUAGCAGCGGUGGACUACGACUACUCCGUUCUGCCGCAGCUGAGCAGUGCAACGCUACAGCAGCGCUUCAACCUGGCCUAUCCGGAGCUAGUGAGUCAACAUGAUGCGAUCAGCAGCCUCAAGGUCCCGAGAUUAGUAGAUCGUGGCUCGGUGGCCGUUGCCAGCACACCAUUAACAUUGCAAGCACCCAGAAAUCCAGCAACUGCCACAGAGGAGCAGCAGGAGAAGGAGCAGGAUCCCCAGGACGACGACGACGACGAUGAUCAUCCCCACCACGACGAGGAUAAUCAAAUGAAACGAAAUGAUGUGCAUUAUUUGUUGAAACAGUUGAAUAGUUUUAGUGAUAUUGAAGAAAUAGAAAUUGUUGAUAUGAAGCAAAGACCACAGCGGCCGCAGCCAAUGGCCUCCAGUUCACUGGCAACGAUGGUGCUGCCCACAGCAGCUGCCUCGGCGGCCUCACCCACGUCGCAGUCGCAUCGGCUGGUUCAGAGAUCUGGCGACAGCUCGCUCGUCCUGCCCAACCAGUUCGAUGACUAUCUGUUCGAGUCCUGCCACUAUUUGGAGACAAACUACUUUGCCGCCACCUAUCGCACUGCCAUGGUCGAGAGCAGCUCUCACGAGUUUAGGCCCUCGACCAACAGCAGCUCGAACAGCUGCUUCGAGCUGCACGAGAUGGAGCCGCCCAGUGUCAUAUGCAAGGCGGGGGCGCCGCCACCGCGUUACCAGUUCGAGUAUCAGGCGGAGACGCGUCUAACCACCAGUGGGGUACAGACAGAGCUCACUGUGGAGUCGCUGGCCAAGCUGAGCAAGAGCAGCAGCAGCAGCAGCUCUCCGCGUGCUCCGCCCUUCUUCCGAUGCUGCUACACGCCCAUCGACCGGUGGCGGGAGCGAAGGCAGCAGCAGAAGCAGAGCUCCUCGGGCACUGCUCAGCCGCCGAAAGAUGUCUGACCCUGGGCGUGGCCAAAGCCACUCGAAGAUGUAGGAGGAGAUCCAACAUGUGCCUGGCUAACUUAAUGCGGGGAUGCAAAUCGUAGGAGCACAAAGUUUUAGUUCGAUUACUAAGAAAAUUAUGUAUGCCUUAGAAAGAAAAGUGAGGGUACUUCCGAAAUCUGUAAAGAUUUGAAAUCUGUUGGUUGUCUGGUGGUCAUAAGGUCCUGGAAAGAUUCCAUAAGGGAUUUUCAAUGAAUAGUCGACCGACUUAUCCCACUUGAAAAUACUGAUAUUAGAAAUUUUGAAUCUAUAGAGAUUUUUGGAAGAUUUUUUAAAGAUCUUGGGAGUUAUUGAGAUUUUGAAUCAAAUUUAAGGAGAAAUAGUAAGCAAGCUCAAAUUGACUUGGUUUACACUAAGACACUGAUCGAAUUUUUAGGGAGACUUUAAAUCAAAUUUAUGCAGAAAUAGUGAGCACGCUUAAAUUUUAAAUACUUUUCUAUCGGAAAUCUUACUUUAUAUUUAAAUGAAUUAAUAACGAAACCCGUUUGCAUCCCUGUUAUUUCUUUGGUCGCUGUUCUCAUUUGCGAUAUCAACAAGAGAUUCCAUUUCGAUCUACAGUCGAUACACACGAAUCACCAGGAAAGCCCUUUCUAAUCAUUCCAAGAGGAGUUCAUCAUUAUUGUACAAUUUAUUAUAAAGCUAACAAAAUAAACUUAAAACAGCCUCAACUAUAUGAGAAAAAAAUUUUGUAUAAACACACAAUUACACCACAGAGUCCACACAAAAAGUUAAUUUUCGGAGAUUUGUAAAGAAAUUAAAUACUGGAACACCUAAGAGAAAGCAAUUGUUACAUCAAUUACAACAUACACACAUAAUUUUUGUUGAUUUAUCAUUUAAGCUUAUAAGGAAUUGUUAUUUAGAGCACAAUACAUAUAUGGAUACAAAAGAUCGGGAAUGCGAAGCGAUUCAAGAGCAAUAUUAGUUUUUAAAAUCAGUUCUUCUUCGGGUCUGUCAAUUGUUUUGUUGAAAACAUAUAUAAAUCAAAUCAAAAAUAUAUAUCACUAACCUAAUGCUUUGGUUCAAUGGAAAAUAAAUAUAUACUUCAAAUUGGAACAUAUUACACUCACGAAAAAAAAACAAACUGAAUUUAUUUCGCCACAAAAAAGCAAACAAAU